AUAAGCAAGUCACUCAGACAACCAGGAGCAGCCGAGACAGCUGGGUGGGUGGCGUGGGACACCGAGCUGUGACCUGUGCCGUGUCCUUCGCCUCGACACCGGACCCCAUGGCGACGCCUUCGCAGAAGAGGAGCACCCGCAGCGGGGCUGCGGGGACCCCCUUGUCCCCCACCCGUAUCACUCGCUUGCAGGAGAAGGAGGAAUUACAAGAGCUCAAUGACCGCUUGGCCGUCUACAUCGACAAGGUGCGCUCGCUGGAGUUGGAGAACGCCGGUUUGCGGCUCCGCAUCACCGAAUCGGAGGAGGUGGUGAGCCGGGAGGUCUCAGGCAUCAAGGCUGCUUAUGAGUCGGAGCUGGCAGAUGCUCGCAAGACCUUGGAUUCGGUGGCCAAGGAGAGAGCUCGGCUGCAGCUGGAGCUCGGCAAAGUCCGGGAGGAGCACAAGGAGCUGAAAGCCCGGAAUGCCAAGAAGGAAGGGGACCUGCUGGCUGCCCAGGCUCGCCUCAAGGACGUGGAGGCUCUGCUUAACUCCAAGGAGGCUGCGCUCUCUACAGCCCUCGGCGAGAAGAGGAAUCUGGAGAACGAAGUGCGGGACCUGAGGGCGCAGGUGGCCAAGUUGGAAAGUGCCUUGAGCGAAGCCAAGAAGCAGCUGCAAGAUGAGAUGCUGCGCCGCGUGGACGCCGAGAACCGUCUGCAGACGCUGAAGGAAGAGCUGGAAUUUCAGAAGAACAUUUACAGCGAGGAGCUGCGAGAGACCAAGCGCCGUCACGAGACCAGGCUGGUGGAGAUCGACAACGGGCGUCAGCGGGAGUUCGAGAGCAAGCUUUCCGAAGCCUUGCAGGAGCUGCGGAGCCAGCACGAAGCCCAGAUCCGGCUUUACAAGGACGAACUGGAGAAGACCUACGGGGCGAAGCUGGAGAACGCCAAGCAGUCGGCGGAAAGGAACAGCAACAUGGUGGGUGCUGCUCACGAGGAGCUGCAGCAAACCCGCAUCCGCAUCGACAACCUCUCCUCUGAAGUCAGCCAGCUGCAGAAGCAGUUGGCCGCCAAAGAGGCGAAGCUGCACGAUUUAGAGGAUAUUCUGGCCAGAGAACGCGAGACCAACCGGCGCCUGCUCUCCGACAAGGAGCGGGAGAUGGCCGAGAUGAGGGCACGCAUGCAGCAGCAGCUGGAUGAGUACCAGGAGCUGCUGGACAUCAAGCUGGCUCUAGACAUGGAGAUCAAUGCCUACCGCAAGCUGCUGGAGGGCGAGGAGGAGCGGCUGAGGCUGUCCCCAAGCCCUUCCUCCCACAAAGGUGCGUCCCGUAGCCACAUGUCCACCCCGGGCUCCUCCAAGAAGAGGAAGCUGGAGGACAGCGAAAGUCGGACCAGCUUCUCCCACCACGCUCGGACAAGCGGCCGCGUUGGCGUGGAGGAGGUGGACCUGGAGGGCAGAUUCGUCCGUCUCAGGAACAAGUCCAAUGAGGACCAGGCGAUGGGGAACUGGCAGAUCAAGCGUCAGAACGGAGACGAUCCCCCCAUCACCUACCGCUUCCCCCCAAAGUUCACCCUGAGGGCUGGCCAGGUGGUCACGAUCUGGGCCUCAGGAGCCGGGGCGACCCAUAGCCCACCCAGCAACUUGGUGUGGAAAGCCCAGAGCAGCUGGGGCUCCGGGGACAGCCUGCGCACCGCCCUCAUCAACUCCAACGGGGAGGAGGUGGCCAUGAGGAAACUGGUCCGCACCGUGAUCAUCAACGAUGAAGAUGAGGAUGAAGACGACGAUGAAGUGAACAUCCACCACCGCCAUCAACACGGGAGCUGCAGCGGCUCUGGGGACCCCGGUGAAUACAACCUCCGCUCACGCACCGUGGUCUGCGGCACGUGCGGGCAGCCGGCCGACAAAGCGGGCACCCAGACCACCGGUAUCAACACCGUGUCCUCGGGCUCCUCCACUUCCAGUGUGACCGUCACCCGCAGCUACCGCAGCAUGGGCGACUCUGGCAUUGGCCUUGGGGACAGCCUGGUGUCCAGAAACUACCUCCUGGGGAGCUCCAGCCCCCGUAGGCAGGCUCAGGCUGUGCAAAACUGCAGCAUCAUGUAACUCCGUGGCACCAUUCCUGUGUUUCCUGGCCAUUUCCCGCUGGUUUUUUUUUUUGUUUCUUCCCAAAGCAAAAGAAUUUUUUUGUUUUUCCUUUAAAAAAAAAAAAAUCAUAUCAAAAACCGAGGUUGGUUUUUUUUUUUUGUUUUCUAUAGCAGGAAUUUUAUAUAUAUAUAUAUAUAAAAAAAAUGCUAAAAUAUGCUUUGAUUUUUUUUUUUGUAAAGAAAAAAAAUCUAUUUCUAUAAAAAAAAAAAACCAAACAAAAAAAAAAAAAAAAGCUUUUCAACUUCAAAACCUUUUUUAAACCUUCAGCCAAAGACACCGAGGAAUUGUGUUUACCGCACAGCCCUGCAGGAAGAGAUUGUAGUUUAUCAGUUCUAUAGAUUGUAUCCUUUUUGCCAAAGCUUUUUUUAUCCAGGAUUGGGAGAAGCCAAGCCAGCCCGGUCAGAGCUGCGCGCUCCGCUCCUGCCUGUCGGGCUUUGAGGAGCCGCUGAGGUGCUGAGGCAGAAGCUGAGCUGGUUCGGAUCAUCCUCAUUGCGCCUUUAUCACCUUUAGGGGUUUUUUUUUGGGGGGGGUCUGAACCCCAAAUUCCCUUUUCACUCUCUAUUUGAUGGGGGUUUCCUCCCCGCAGUGCUGGCGCGGGGGCUGGCGGCAGCUUGGGGGUGAUGCUGGGCGUCUCUUCGCGGUGGUGGAGGCAUCACCCCUCUUCCCAGACCCUUGUCCCGUCCCUCCAUGUACUGUUUGGCCCAUCCAAAGCCCCCCCCUUCACCCUUUUGGGGUUCGUGUUCUUUUUUUCUAAGCAGCCGAGUUGUGCCUUAAGCCAAAGUGGGGACCGCGCCGCGGGAGGGACCCCGCACGGCACCCGGGGGAGAUGGAGGAGACGAUGGACAAAGCCACCGGAGCUGCAGCCCGGGACCAGAUGGAUUUGGCGGAUGGGGGGAUGGAGCUCGUUCCUGUGAGCUCGGAAGCAGUGGGAGCCCCUUUCACCCCCAAUUCGGUGCAUCUGGUGGGGUUCCCACCCGUUUUGCUCCGCUAGGGUUAACGGAGCUCCUGUGCAGGAGCUCCUUUCAGGGCAGGAUGAGGCCAAGGAUGUCCAGGAUGGGGCUGGUUGCCAGGAAGGCGCUGAGAAAGGGGUUUUUUUGGUUGAGUGAGGUGGAUUUUGGGAGCCGGCACGAGCGGCUCCCCUCUCUCCGCAAGGGUCCAUCCAACCAUUGGUGGAGAUCGCAGCUUUGUGCCUCGACGCAGCACCCCUUGCCUCGAGGGCAGCCUGAGGGCAGGAUCAGGCCCCCAGCACGACACCCCCGACUCCGACGGGAUCUGGGGAGACCGCAUAUGUAUCUGUGCUUGCAAAGCUUCUGUAUUACUGCCUGUAUUUCCUUCCAAAAACCAAUACAGCCGAACCCUUCCCACCCCGUGUGCUGUG